AUGCGGGUAUUCUAUCUAUUUCUUCUUCAUAUUUUCAUUUUCAAAAAUCCAGAUCAAUAAAAUCGGAAUUUCUCAAAUGUUGCCUCGUUAUCGAAUCCUGAUCAUCAUAAAAGAUACCUUAAUGAAUUGUUCAAUUAUGUAUAUAAAAUGAAGCGAAAUGAUCGCAUAUUUAAUAUAAGUUAUGACAUAUUCUAAAUUACAGGAUGAUCGAAAAAACACAUCCUAUAAAUUAUCCAUAUUGAUCGGAUUUUCAAUUUGUAUUUUGAUAUAUAUUGCAUUUGCCAAACCACUUCAACCUAUAAUUGUCAAAUUUUCUCAUGAACGUUAUGGAUAUAAUGGUCCGAAGAAUGAUUUAGAUGAUCUUGAGAUGUCAUUUGAUACAAAAGUGGGUUUACGACAAAAUAUUUUUCAGAACCUUCGAAUUUCUUUUGAUUUCAGCGGGUAAAUGCGAUCAGCAAUGAGGUCCAGAAAUUAAUAAAUUCCACUGAAAAAUGUGACUUCUCCGAUUCCAAUUCUGAAUCUGAAGGUUCAAAAAUCGCAAAAUCAGCUAUGGAUGGAUUUCAAAAAUGCAUCAAACCAAUAUUCGGUUCAUUCAAUGGUGAUUCAAGAAAGCUUUUUGAUAAUUGGGUGAAUUCUGCAAGAACUUGUGAUUAUAUUGAUGAAUAUAGCAAUUUGGAUAUUCUAGGAAUCACAAACAACGAUGAAAUCAAGUGGCUGAUUUAUCCGAAAUGUGUGAGUUAUUUUACGACACUCCACAAUGACGAAAAUGCGUAGUGUUGUAGUUUCCCACUCGUAAAUGCGGAGUAUCGUUAAUUGUUUUCAAUUUUCCAGCAAGAAGAAAACACUCAUGUUACCCUUGGAGUUGGACAUGAUAUUAAAGCUGAAAUGAAACUCAAAAAACAUCAACCAAACACAAAAUUCUACGGAGUUGAUCCAAUGAUUGAUAUUAAUUAUGAUUUAAUUACAAAAGAGCUUAAUGGAUCAUUUUUCCCAUAUGCUUUAGGAAACGAGACCAAACUACAAUAUUUUCCAGUUUUGAAUAAAGAAGGUGAGAUUUCUUAUCGGAAUUUUGAUGAAUAUACAUUUUUGCAGGUCAUUAUGGUAAACAAUCUGUGGCUACUGUAGAUGUUGGAUAUUUCUUUGAGAAAUUGUUGAAACUUCGGAGAAUUGAUACACUUUUUCUGGACAUUGAAAGUGGGGAAGAAUAUUUCUUCGAUCAUUUUUCGAAAGGUGGAAAAUUUGAUGAAAUUGGAAUGUCAAUUUGUCAAUUCAAUAUUGAAUUUCAUCCCGGUUAUACUCAUAAUUAUGAUCUUGUUUAUAAAUUCCUGGAGCAAACUAUAAAAGACAAGCGGUAUAUAUUCUUACGGCCAGCUCAUCAUACUCCUGGAUUUUUCAAAAUGUAUUUUCUGAAUCUGGAAAACAAGGAAUGUGUCAGAAAGUUUGUAGGAUGAUAAUUUGGUAAUAAAACUAUUAUAAUUGUUUUUUUUUAUAGUUUUGAUUUUUUGAUGUCAUUUUGAAGGGAGUUUGUAUCUUCAAUAGAUAAAUAAUUGAAUUUCCCGCAUUGUCAAAUGAACAAAAUAGAUCUAAUCUCAAAAAUCAGAUGAAACCUGAAGAAAAUAUUGAUUUAGCAAAAUUCGAUUGUUUUUCUGGUGUUGGGUCAAUACAGUAGCAAACAUUCCGAAAAUUGUGCGAAAUAAAAUAAAUUUUUGAAACAGUGAUUUUUUUUUUCAAAAAAAAAAUGAAUUUUUGAAGUAGAUCAUUUUGCCACACUUCAAAAAAUACUGAAACCCAAUCAAAGAUUAUAUUCUUAUCAUAUUUACAUCAAAUAUAAUUCGAGUGUGACCAGUGUCUGAAAAAGUUGUUUUUCUGCAGAUUCCCGACUGAAACCAGUGUCUUAUCAUUAAAGAUAUCUCCGAAUUUCAUUUGUUCAUUCAAAACCAUGCAGUUCACUGUAUUCUUCUUGAUUCUCCUCUCAUUUUUCGUACUUAUCUCAACUUCUCCACAAACUUUGGAGCAACAAAAACCUGAUGGUCGUAAGGUUAUAUUAAUUCGUGCAAACAAAAAUGGAUGGCCAAUUAUACAAUUAUAA